UUGUGUGCUGCUCAGACUUGUGGUUCAGCACCCUGACAUGAAACCGUUAUGGACCAAGAGCACGUAGUCAUGGAACAGCAGCAGGCCUGCAUAGUGAGGAAUUUACUGGACAAAUUGGAGAAACGAGACAGCGAGGACAAAGAGUUUGUGAGGUUGAGAAACCAGUCAAUUAAGUAUCGCGAUGACAAGACUUACCCCAGCGAAUCAGCUGAAACUCAGCAAAACGUCAAGAAGAACCGAUACAAGGACAUACUUCCAUUUGACCACAGCAGAGUGAAGCUCACGAUGACCACCUCUCAAGAUGACACUGACUACAUUAAUGCCAGUUUUAUCAAGGGAGUGACAGGCGGCAAGGCUUACAUCGCUGCUCAGGGUCCACUCCAUCACACAGUGCUGGAUUUCUUGAGGAUGCUUUGGGAGUAUGACGUCAAAGUGAUAGUAAUGGCCUGCCAAGAAUUUGAGAUGGGAAAGAAAAAGUGUGAGCGUUAUUGGCCACAUAAGGAGGAGAAAUCAUUUAUAUGUGGGCCCUUCAUCAUGGAAUGUGAUUGUGAGGAAGACAAAGGAGCUUAUCUGACAAGGACAUUAGGAUUGACAUAUGACACUUGUCGCAGAACAUUGAAACAGUUGCACUAUGUUAAGUGGCCAGACCAUGGGGUGCCAGAUUUUAUACCUUCCAUUUUGGACAUGUUGGAGGAGAUGCGCACCUAUCAGUCCCAUGAUGACAUCCCAAUGUGCUUACACUGCAGUGCUGGAUGUGGUCGAACAGGUGUCCUUUGCGUGAUCGAUUAUACUUGGAAUCUUCUCAAGAAUGGGAUGAUCACUCCAGAUUUUAGUAUAUGUGACUUAGUUCAUAGCAUGAGAACCCAAAGGCCAUCUGUUGUUCAAACCAAGGAACAAUAUGAAUUAGUCUACAACAUCAUCAGGUUGCUGUUUGAGAGAUACCUGCAGUCCACGGAUAAACAGAGCAGCAAAUAUAAGGUAACAAUGGGAGUGUCUACAGGGGAGCAAGACGUUGGAAGUCAGGAGCAACUCCUUAGCAUCUGUGCUGAGGAAAUGAAACAGAAAACGCUCACUCCAAGUCCAGAAGGUCUUUCUACAGAUUGGAAUAAUCACCCAGACAAACCACAACCACUCCCUGGAUUCCUAACUAACGGUGAGGAGGCACAUAGAACUUCAGCGAAAGAGGUCCACACUAGCCGAGAAAUAGCUGCGGUGGAGGACAAACCACUGGGUGACGACAUUCCAUCAACGAAACCUCCAGGCUCACCCACAGCAGCAGCCGGCAUCCGUCUGAUGGUGGAAGACCCCUACUUUGACACUCCUCUGUCUGACCAUGCAGCAUCUCUCAGCAAGCGAUGGACAAUUUGUUCGAUCGACAGCACUUCGUCGUCUCUGAAUGACCGCACCCUGCAAUCUGCUGACUCAACUUUUGCCACUCAUCCCGAUGUCGACAUACCUCCACCAUUGCCCAAACGAACCCCAGAGUCCUACCAACUAGCUGCUGACACAGUGUCUUCAGAACCUUCAGACUCCUCAGGAAGGCCAACUGUCACUAUUCCACCAAACGGAGUUGCUGAGGCUGCACGAGACAGCCCCGUGACACCUGUACCAUCACUUCCAGAUAGAACUCCAGAAUCCUACGAGCUGGCUUGUCAUCAAGUUCCUGUCACCAUUCGGCUAGAGGUCACACCAGCGACAAACGUGAACAGAAUUGGCACAUCCUCAGAGUGGUCAGGUGUUUCUAACAUGCUCGGCGAUUCAUUUGCGCGAGAAACAAAGCCGUGGAUGAGAAGCAAGAGUCUGAGAGCAAAAAUGCAUUUGACAGAGUCACUGCCUCCGGCACGGCUGUCGCACACUCCUGUUGCUGAAGGAGGAAGUGCACAAGUUGGAGGAUGGGAGGUGAAGCAAAAGGCCUCGUUUGCCGAUAACGUGACGCCAGGAGAUAAAUCAGAAAGAAGCAAUAAGAACAACCCACCCCACAGAAUGAUUCGGAAAUUGUUCAGAGACAAGCAGAGAAUAAAUCCAGCAACUCCAUGUCAACUGCCAUCAUCUCCAAAAGGAGUCGUAACCUCACUGUUCAAAUCUGGAUUUGGUAACAGGAUAGGAAAGCCAAAAGGACCCAGAAAUUAUCCACAAAGCUGGGUCCAAAAAGAGGAUGUUCAUCUCCCCAAGUAAAGUGACGUGUUCUUUCAUUAAUGGGCUCUCUGAGACACCUAGUGGACAUUUGUUGAAAUUCACUUUUCUAAGAUUUUAUCUAAAAGGGAUCAGGAAAUUCCUUGUUAAUAACUUGAUGUGAAUGUACUGUUUAUGCCUCAGCACCAGCGGAUUUGUCUUUCUUUUUUUGUGGAUUUGUGAGGCCACAGUUCUCUUCUUUCUUUUAACUCUACAGGGGUUGCAUUUUGGAGCACCAAAUAUCUUCAAUAAAUCUUUUAAGUGCGGAAACUC